AUGAAAACUUUCAUUGUCUUCAUUUGCUAUUUUGGAAUUGCUUUUGCAAAUGAUAUUCAAAAUUUUGCUAGUAUUGAAUCAACUUUAAAACUUAUUCACGUUGUUUUUCGUCAUGGUGAUAGAACUCCAGAUGUCUUAUAUCCAAACGAUCCUUACACAGAAAAAGAUUUCUAUCCGUUCAGAAUCGGACAGCUCACCAAUAACGGAAAAUUAACCAAUUAUAAAAUAGGAACAACUAUUCGUCAAAAAUACAAUAAACUUCUUGGUGAUGUCUACACUCCAGAUAUAUUAUACGCAAUUUCUUCUCAUCUUCCAAGAACUAAAGCAAGUCUUGAAGGUAUUUUAGCAGGAUUAUAUCCUCCUUCAAAGGAAUUAAUUUGGAACAAAGAUUUACUUUGGGAACCAAUUCCUUAUGAUUAUGUACCAAUAAAGGAAAAUAAAUUAUUUACUCCAUUAAUAACAUGUCCAAAUUGGCCUAUAAUGUUGGCAGAAAAUUAUCAGAAGUAUCUUCCAACAGAUUUAGUAUUUCAGAAAUACAAUUAUUUGCUUCCCUUUUUAAUGGAAAAAACUGGUAUGACUGGAAGUAUUUAUAGUAUAGCAACGGUUUUAUAUUCAACAUUAAAAUCGGAAGAAGAAGCUGGUUUAGAAUUACCCGAUUGGACUGAAUCGAUUUAUCCCGAUAUUUUAAACGAAAUAUCAUCAAAUGGAUGGAGAUAUUAUAUGAUGGAUGAUUUAAAAACUUUAACACCGGGAUUUUUGAUUUCGACAAUAAUUAACAACACAUAUUUAACGAUAAACGAGGAAAAAGAAGCGAAAAAUCGUAAAAUUUAUGUGUAUUCAGCUCAUGAUCUUAAUAUCUCGUCAAUGCUAAACUUCUUUGAUAAUUUCAUUCCACAUAACCCAAAUUAUGGAGCUCAUAUAAUUAUUGAAGUUCAUAAAUAUAUUGGAAUAUAUUUCUUAAAGUUUUUGCACCAAAACUAUGAUGGUCAUUUAGAACCUCAACCAAUUUUCGUCCCAAAUUGUGGAAUUUAUUGCCCAUUAGAAAUUUUUGUUAAAUUGUAUGCUAAAGAAUUGGAUUCAGCGAGAUUAGGAAUGUUAUGUGGUUAA